AUGGCUCUCGCACCUAUCGUUGGAAAGCUCCGAAAGCGUUUGGUCCUCGACCUUUCCGUCUCACUCGGUCUCGGAAUCGCCGGAGGUUACGUCUACUGGUACGGUGUCAACGUUCCCGCUGAGAUGGACGGGGACAAGCGGAGACGGGAGGAGGACGUCAGACCAGGCGGAGGCGAUACUCACAAGGAUCACUUCUGCGUGGAACACUCUUUCUCGAGGACGACGUGUGCGGUCGUACCAGGGUUAGGCUCGGCUCGGUUCGUCAUCAACGAGCAAGGAUUCGAGCGAGUCCGAGACGUCUGGUACCUCAAGUACGAGCAGGACAAGUUGAAGGCUCAACAGCAGUAA